CAGAUCGCUAAUGGCUUCGUCGUCCAAUGGACAGUAAGAAAGGCUAUGCGUCGGCGAUCGGCGCCGGAAUCAGCGCAGCUCUUGCCGCCGUUGCAGCCAAGUUCUUCUCCUCCCAGGUUCUUAAAUAUGGCAUGGUUGUACUUUGCAACGUGAUAAUGUGGGGUUGCUAUGUUAAUAGCCUAAAAGCUCUCUCGUCUCUACAAGCUACUGUAACGAACUCUGCGACCAAUUUCCUUUCCUCCGGCUUGGCUGGAUUUUUGCUUUUCGAGGAACCUUUACCACUACAGUGGUUUGCCGGUGCUGCACUUAUUGUCGCUGGAGUAUUUGUUAUGAGCAAGUCGAGCAUAGAGAGCAAAACACAUACAAGCUAGGUGUCUGCCACCGCGGUUUUGUAUUCCUUUAUGCAAUAUCAGUUCCCUUUUGAAGGCAUGAUUCCCAGAAUCAGAUGCUCAAUGUCACCCCAAAAUUUUUCUGGUUAAAGAAACACAUCCAACCGUAGAUUGAUUGGAUGAUAUUUGCUCAGGUUAUUGAGCAUCCCCUUUGUGUAAUUCUCAAUGUAAUCUUUCAUUGUUAUGAUUAUCCAUAUAUUUAUUU